AUGGAAAAGGUCCCAGUGAGAUACCCCCACAGCGUUUAUACAAUUUAUUGCGAUGCAAGAUGCCGUUAUAUACCCUCAUGGUGUUGGUGCUGGUCAGCGAGCAUUGCUCCUGUUGCUGCGCCAUCUUUCCAGGUUCCGGAGCUUCCUAAUCUGACCUCCUUUGACGCCGUCGAAUACUCUCAUGGUGUCUAUGCCGGCCAGCCAGAUGCUUCUGCGGCUGCGCCAACUUUUCAGGUUCCGGAGCUUCCUGAUCUGACCUCCUUUGACGCCGUCGAAUACUCUCAUGGUGUCUAUGCCGGCCAGCAAGAUGCUUCUGCGGCUGCGCCAACUUUUCAGGUUCCGGGGCUUCCUGAUCUGACCUCCUUUGACGCCGUCGAAUACUCUCAUGGUGUCUUUGCCGGCCAGCAAGAUGCUUCUGCGGCUGCGCUAUCUUUCUAG